GUGCUUUAGCUUCGGGGUUGAAAGAUGAGGAGGAGCAAAAAUGCGACUCCAAUUAAUGCUGGGACGAGCCAUCCUACCCCACAGGCCGACUGCCAUCAGCUUGACUGCCCACCUCCGAUCUCCUCGAAUCCUCCUCCGAGCUGCGUCCACCACUCCGAUCCGAAAACUCGACCUCCUCGCGAUAGACAAGAAGUGGAAAGGAAAAUGGGAAUUUCACAAGUCUCGGAAUUCCAGCUCCGCGUCUGCAGAGAAAGCCUAUGUUCUCCCCAUGUUCCCGUACCCUUCGGGGACUCUACAUAUGGGCCAUGUCCGUGUGUAUACAAUAUCCGAUGUCCUAGCACGAUUCAAGCGGAUGAAGGGAUACGAUGUGCUCCAUCCAAUGGGUUGGGAUGCAUUUGGGCUGCCUGCCGAAAAUGCGGCAAUAGAGAGGGGCAUUAAUCCGGCCUCAUGGACAAAGGAAAAUAUUGCAAAGAUGAAAGAACAAUUGAAAGGGUUGGGGACGGAUUUUGAUUGGGAUAGGGAGUUUAUGACCUGUUCCCCUGAAUUUUAUAAGCAUACUCAACGGUUAUUCUUGAUGCUUCAUGAGAAAGGAUUGGCAUACCAGGCGAAAGCAAUGGUCAAUUAUGACCCUGUCGAUCAGACCGUGUUGGCGAACGAGCAGGUCGACGCAAAUGGGCGCUCAUGGCGGUCUGGAGCUGUGGUCGAAAAACGCGAAUUGAAGCAAUGGUUCUUCCGGAUAACUGCGUUUAAAGAGGCCCUGCUUAAAGAUCUUGAUUCACUGGCGAGCGGGUGGCCGGACCGCAUUCUGUCCAUGCAGCGGCAUUGGCUCGGAAAGUCAGUUGGCGCGCGGCUAACAUUCAAGAUAAUUACUCCCAAAGAGAGAUUGAAUGUUCAGGUGUUUACCACGCGUGCAGAUACUCUACCUGGUGCCCAAUAUGUUGCCUUAUCUCUGAACCACCCAUUGGUGACACAGCUAGCGCAAACAGACUCAAAACUCAAAGCUUUUGUUAACUCUGCCAGCCUACUUCCUCCAGAUACAAAAGUAGGAUACCGUCUGCCUAGUGUGGAGGCUGUGAACCCUCUUCAUGCCAUUGAAGAAAACCCGAACAUCCCAGCAGAACUUCCGGUCUUUGUAGCCCCAUAUGUUCUCGGGGAUUAUGGCGAGGGUGCAGUUAUGGGUGUUCCCGGACAUGAUUCUCGAGACUUUGCCUUUUGGGCUGAGAAUAUGCCGUCUACGCCAGUUAUCUCGGUUAUUGAGCCAAAUUUAUCCAAUGGCUUUUCUAACAAAGACGAUAUCCAGAGAGCAGAAGCAUUCCUUGGAGAAGGAGUUCUCAAUAGUACGUGCGGGAAAUUCACCGGGAUUUCAUCGAAUAAGGCCAGAGAAGAAAUUGUCUCGAGCCUUCGGGACCAUAACAAUUCGGCCGAUUUUACUGAAAGCUGGAGACUACGGGAUUGGUUAAUAAGCCGGCAACGUUAUUGGGGUGCACCGAUUCCUAUCAUUCACUGCGGUGAUUGUGGUGCAGUUCCCGUUCCUGUUGACCAACUUCCCGUGGAAUUACCCACCAUUGACGGGGCCGGAUUGAAGGGCAAAGCUGGCAAUCCACUUGAAUCAGCUGAAGACUGGCUGAAUACGCCUUGUCCAAACUGUAACAAGCCAGCCAAGAGGGAAACUGACACUAUGGAUACUUUUGUUGACUCAUCAUGGUACUUCUUACGAUUCCUUGAUCCAUCAAAUGAAUUAAUGCCAUUCUCCCCCGCUCUGGCGAGACCGGUUGAUACAUAUAUUGGCGGCAUUGAACACGCAAUUCUACAUCUCCUUUACUCUCGAUUUGUCUACAAAUUCCUCGCUGAGUCUGGAUUAAUACCCGGUGGCCAUCGAGCAAAACCUGAUAGGGCAGAGCCUUUCCUUACUCUACUCUCCCAAGGAAUGGUGCACGGCAAGACAUAUACUGAUCCUGCCACCGGCCGUUUCCUUCGUCCAUCAGAGGUUGAUCUCUCUGUUCCGGGUUCACCGGUACUAACCGGGACCAAGGUCAAACCAAAUAUCUCCUUUGAGAAGAUGUCAAAGAGUAAAUAUAACGGUGUUGAUCCAAGUACAUGCAUCGAAAAAUAUGGUGCGGACGCAACGAGGGCACAUAUUCUCUUCGCCGCGCCAGUCAGCGAGAUUCUCGAAUGGGAUGAGACUAAAAUUGUGGGAAUUCAGAGAUGGUUUAGUCGACUAUGGAAGAUCAUUUCCGACUCAGAAAAGUCCUUGAUAUCCGCCGAACUUGGUUUAAGCCGGGAAAAUAUCCGUUCUGCUAAUAAUCUUGCUCUACCACCUCUGGAUGAGCUAUCUGAUGACGAAGCUAAUCUUCUCCUUAUCGCACAUUCGACAAUCACUUCCGUCUCAAGCUGCAUGGAAAAGAACCCUUACGCCCUUAACACAGUUAUAUCUGACUUAAUCAAGUUCACAAACGCAAUAACUUCCUCCGCACUGUCCUUAUCUCCAUCGUCCCCAGCUUCAAAGACAGUAUUAUACAUGCUCGUCUCUUCUCUCCUCAAACUUCUAGCACCCAUCGCACCAGCGUUUUCCUCGGAGUGCUGGGAACAACUCCACACCUCUCUUCUCAGCAAGAACGAAAAUGACCAGUCGCUAUCAAUAUUCUCUUCACCCUGGCCCACGCCACUGUUAACAGAGCCACAGGUCGAAUCGCUCCAGCACCGUGGUUCAAAGACAGUAGCAGUACAGGUAAACGGAAAGCUCCGUUUCACGGCUACAAUCCCUCGCUUCUCAUCAUCUGCCGUAGGCCCAGUCGAGCAAUCAAAUGGACAGUCCAAGCAACAGGGAAAGGCGGAACGAAAUGGACCUAUGAGUGAGGAGGAGCAAUCCUGGAUUAUCUCUCAUAUACUUGAGACUGAGAAAGGAAAGCUCUGGCUAACCGAAAGAAACCACUGGGAGAAGCGAAAGCGUGUUGUGGUUGUUGGUGGUGGAAAGGUUGUUAACGUUGUUUUCUAGGAUGAGAAGGCGUCUCGAUGAACGCUGGAUAUCAAUUCCAUCAAUGUUAAACAGGACAGAUCAUCUGUCCUGGGUUUAGUUUAUGUACUGUACAUUAUGUGUAUAUUAGAACCUUGCUUAUAUAUCAAUGACUGGACAAAUAGAUGCUACUUUUACUGGCUAAUGUAUAGUGACUGGGAUACUAUACACUGAGGCCAGUUAAAGAUUGUGUCAGAAUGUCC